CACACACUCACACACACUCUGAGCCAAUCCAUACACACUUACAGCAGACAAGCAGAGACACAAGCUAAACCUCUGAAGAAGGAUUUCUUUAGAACCAACACACACACAGGCUCAAACGGAUCAUCGCUGAACCAACACACACACUCAAACGGAUCAUCUUUAGAACCAACACACACACUCAAACGGAUCAUCGCUGAUGUGUGACUUGUUCAGAGACCCAUCAGACAAAGGAACGCGUCUCUCACACACACACACACACACACACACACACACCGAUCCUCUGCCUUUCUGGGAUCAGACCCCGUGGAGAGAGAAAGAGACUGACUGACUCCGGCGGACACUCGGACCAGACCCAAUGGCGCUGGUCUCCAAUCAGAGCUGCGGCAGGAUGGAGCUUCUGGAUCUCCUCAUGGAGCAGUCCAUCACAAUGGCCCAGCCUCAAGGAGACAGGAACCAUGGCAACCACAGCUGGCCAAUGACAGACCUCCAGCAGUCUCUCCCUCCUGCGGGCGGCGUAGAGGACUUCCUGGACACCCUCCUAGAUGAGUGUGUGUCCGGCCACGCCUCCUCCCCUGUCUGGGCCGCCUCCCCCUCUGACAGCGGCAUCAGUGACGACCCCCAGUCCGACCAGCAGGACAGCCCCCCUCCGCCCGCUAGCCCCCUCUUCGACCAGCUUUACUUCCCCCCCACGCUGACUCUUCCUCACCCUCAUCUUCAUCAGCAGCAGCAGUCUUUAGUCUCUGGGAUGCUGCUGGAUGUAGCAGAACCAGACAUCUCCAUCGAUCUGGGAGGAUGGGAUCCAGCUUUCUUCUCCAGUCCAUCACAGAUGCAGCAGAUGAUGUCCAGCUUCCCCCUCACUGUUAAAGACCUUCUGCUCUCAGGAGCCACAGACCAGUCUAAGCAGUCAAGUCCAAACACUCAACAGAACCUGGUGCUCAAUGAAGAUGAGAAGAAGCUACUGGCCAAAGAAGGGGUCAGCCUGCCCAACCAGCUACCACUGACCAAGUAUGAGGAGAAGAUUCUGAAGAAGAUCCGUAGAAAGAUCCGGAACAAGCAUUCAGCACAGGAAAGCAGGAAGAAGAAGAAGGAAUACAUCGAUGGUCUAGAAGCCAGGAUGGCAGCCUGCAGUGCACAGAAUCAGGAACUGCAGAGGAAAGUGUUUCAGCUGGAGAAAAACAACACGUCUCUGAUGGAACAGCUGCGAAGGCUGCAGAAUCUGGUCAUGUCCAGCAGCAACAAACCAGCACAGACUGGAACCUGUAUACUGGUGCUACUGCUAUCCUUCUCUCUGAUCCUCUUCCCAAGCCUGAAGCCCCUCUCACGCAGCCGAGUGGGUGACACAGCAGACAUCGGUUCAGCCCGAGUCCACUCGCGGUCACUGCGCUCUGUUGUGGAAGUGCACGCCUUCUCCCCACGGCACCCCCUGCAGGCUGAGGUGGAUACUGCGCCUGCUCUGAUGGCCAAGCUGCAGCUGAGACCAGGCUAUGCUGACAUGGAGCUGGGUGCCCCCACACACAACCACAGCAGCCCGGAGGAGCUCCUGCACCCCCACGACCACCACCAUGACCACCACGAUCACCAUGACCCCCACGACCCCAUCACCGGACACACGGCGGAAGCGGGCUUUGCCUGGACGGCCCGACCCGAUGCUGCCCUGCUCCGUCGCCGUGGCGACCGAUGAGCCGCCCUCGAUGCAAUUAUUGUUUUGUUUGUUUGUUUUUGCUUUUUGUGUGUGUGUGUGUGUGUGUGUGUGUGUGUGUGUGUGUG